AUGGCCGACUAUUUUAGCGAGUAUUCUUCUUUUGCUGGAGCCAAGCGGCUUCCGUCGCCGGCCGACACGCCAUACGAGACUCCCGGCUUCAUUCGAUCGAAGCGAUCGUCACGCGUCGCGAGCUCCUCUCGCGAACAGUCGACUUCUCCCCCUCCGCUACCCCCUGACACUUCAGAGUAUCAAGAGAAGACCCGCGAUGGACGAUAUACCGCCGUGGACCCUCGACGAUUCACCCCUACCCUCCACGCAUCGCUCGUUUCCGAGAUCCUCAACUUGAGACGCGAGCUGGAUUCGAAGAACAACUUGGUCGAGAACCUGGAGACCAGCCUGUCGAGCGCCAAGACCGAAAAUGAGACGCUCAACGAACAGCUCUCAGACCGGGCCAAGGAGGUGCGGAAGGCGAAGCAGCACGUGCAGCAGAUGGAGAGAGGCGUCUAUGAUGCCGUAGAAGAUGUAGUCAGAGAGCGAGACGAGGCCAAGGCAUCCCUCGAGGAUCUCAAGAAUAAAUUCGAAAUCGCGCAGAAGAAGACUCGUCAACAGGACGAAGAUGCCCUCCGGACGCACAGUAUUUGGGAGAAUGAGAAAGAGUCCUGGGACAAUGAACGUCGGCAGCUGGAGCGGAGAGUGCACGUCACGGAGAGUCGCUUGCGCGCUGUCGUGGACGAGAUGGCUGCCCAGCAAUCGCAGAUGGCUCAGGCUGACGAGCACAGCGAUGAGGCCACUUUCAAGGACAGUGGACUCGGCGAGGGUAGCGACACUGCGAGCAUACGAUCCGCAACCGUCACGACACCCGUCAAACAUCGGCGCAACAUGAGCAGCAUCAGCUUCAGGCCGAGGAACGCGAGGACAUCGGUCUCUUCGCGCAUGACUGCCGCCACUCCAGACCUCUACGCGCGCCCCGGCGGGAACACUUUAGCAGACGAACUCGACAUCGACGAAGAAGAGGAAUACGAUGACGAGGAAUUCGAGCACGUCGACGAGGACGCGCAGUCGCCGCAGCGCCGCAAACACGUUGACUACCGCCAAAAUUCCAUGACAGUCGAGGUGGCUGCACCGGCAAAGCCUAUCAUUGCUCUCACGUCCGAUGCGCUGCAGAGCGCAAACGAAAUGCGACGACUAUCGCCUGAACGCAGGCGAUUACAGUAUCAGGAUCGCGCGACCACACCUCCACCUGCGCUUGCUAUCGCUGAGCCGACUCCACGAGCUGUUUAUGUGGACAAGGGCUAUCAGCCGUCGCCUCCGCCAUCGCCACCUCGUGUUCACAUCACUGACGAACAGCAGCGCACAGUAAUUACCACUGGUGAUAGCUCUGGUGACAGUGUGCGCCUUGCCGAGAUCCAGACGGAGACUUCACCUCACCAGCCUACUCCAGGAUUGAGGAGCUCCAUUGGGAGUUCGCCCAUCAGUCCGCCUCAAACACCCGUGGUCGACGACGAACCGGCCUGGCUUGACGAGAAAUCGGCAUCCGUCGUUGCACCGACUUAUAGCACCGCAGCGACGCAGACCGACUCCGUGGAACCGGCGCGACCAAGAGGUCACCCGCCAAAGCGUGACAGCCUUUCUCCGCCUUCCUUCGUACCCGCGAUCGCAAUCCACCCUCCCGGUUCACGGCCCUCCUCGCCACGGCCCUACGCUCUACCACCUGGUACCAAGAAUGCCUCAACACAAGCACGCCUGGGAUGGCCCUGCAAGGAUGCGAGUGUUCAGACGGAGGAGAUUAGAAUCGACCGACGGCCUGUGAAACUCCCGCCCCAUCUGCUGCCAUGUAACCUGCUUCCCAGUCCCACGUUUCAAGAACCCAUGCGAUUCAAGCGCGUUCCCACUGAGGGUUCUGCGAAGAUCUUCACCAAGCUUCCAUCAGCACUCUCCAGCCCUGCAUCGCCGCCGUUGCAGUCUCCGACAGACUCCAGCCCGGAGAUGUCCCGCAGCAACGGUUCGAAAGAUUUGAGGAGCUAUCCACUGAAAGCCCUUCCUCUACCGCGGCCUGUGCUGUCUCCACCUGGGCCACCGCAAGGCGAGACGUUUCAAAGCAAUGGGCCACUCAAUCGAUCCUCGCAGUAUGGAGUCAGCCAGUCGAAACUGGAAUCUCACGUCACGGAUAUCGAUCAAUGGUCUGAGCCGAGUGACUAUGAGGGGCCCACUAGCCCUGACCUGGACUCUGCAGAUCUCACAGGCUCCAUUCCGGCCCUCAGUCGCCCACCACCCGGGCGCUUCAAUCUCUCAGAGCCUCCCAAGGCUGUUCCCGAGGACAAGGAGAUCUCGCCAGAGCGUCGUCCGGACACCGCCGAUUCCUAUGGCGCCGCCCCGGAACCGUCUGUCGCCAGUAGCCGCGCGACCUCGCAACGGAGAAGCGUACGCCAGCCUGCGAAACUCGGCAAGCCCGAUGCUCGCAAGGACAUGCAUUCCCGUAACUCGAGUUUUGGAAGCAUGGCGUCGAGCAGCUACAGCACGCAGUCGAAUCUACCGAUGCCUCCCUUUCCUAUCCCACUGAGGUCAAGCUCGCGCAUAACAGGAAAGCCUCACAGCGAGGGCUCAGGAAGUCCCAGCAGGAGUGUUCAAUCGCGUUCGCAGCAGCAGAGACAAGCGAAUCUACGGAAAGUGCAGUCGGCUGCUGCGAUCAGGAACAGAAAUGGCAGGGUCUCGCCUCAGAAGCACCGAAGGCGACGAAGAUCUCCAGACUUGACACCCGUACAGUCCAUGGCAUUUGAGAGCCCGACGCCCACCAAAUUCCCGAUCCCUGAGCUCCCGACCCCUCUGCAGGACAAUCUUGCAUUCGACUACGUCAAAGGUUCUGUGGAUCUAUCCCGAUCACCUGGAGAAGCCAGCAGCGUAGCACGCGUAUCAGAGGAGACGAAUCUGGUUGAUGCUAUUGCCGCGACCAUGGUAGGUGAAUGGAUGUGGAAGUAUAUCCGAAAGCGAAAAUCUUUCGGAAUUGGCGAAGACAACUCCGAGUUCCCGGUGGCUGAUCAGAAUGGCGUUGUCAACUUGGCGACUGGACAUGGCACGCGGCACAAGCGAUGGGUCUGGCUGUCUCCGUAUGAGCGGACGAUCAUGUGGGAUACCAAGCAACCCAACUCCGGUGCUGCAUUGCUCGGCAAGAAGGGGCGGAAAUGUGAGUUGCGAUAUCGUACAUUACCAGACGCAGUACUAACCUGACCCAGUGACUAUUCAAUCCGUGCUGGACGUCGAAGAUCUCACUCCCUUGCCGAAGAACGCGGAGUUGUAUACUGCUUGGAAACGUUCGAUCUUGAUCCUCACACCGGAGCGUGCUUUGAAGUUCACGGCCAUCAACGAGGAGCGGCAUGCUCUUUGGAUGACGGCGCUGUCAUUCCUGUCCCAAUCUGCGCAACUGCCGACCCAGAUUCCGCGGCCGCCGCCUUCAAAAGUACAUGCCCCACCGAUUCCGCCUGUACCGGCUAUCCCAUCUACUUCCAUUGAUGGAGUCCCGAUCAAACGCCAUCGAUCUCCAUCCUUCGGAAGGUCGACCGUGAGAGACUCCAUCCGCCUGGCAAAGGGCAAGCGACCUGAGCUUCACAAGGUGCAGUCGCAGCCAGAUCAGCCGUACGGCUCCGAUCUGCCCGGCGUGGAGGGCAACGACAGUGCAGAUUUUCCCGCCGUGCCACGACUCUACAUCAGCACGACUCGCCAUCAACGGAAACGAAGUGACACCCAGCCCGGAAUGUCGCAGUCCCUGGCCAACUUCCGCAGCUUCUCCUCGAGCGCCGUCCCAUCCUCCGCGUCCUCUGCUCUUCGUCAUGGCGCUUCGACCGACGGCUCUUCAUACCGACCGAGCGUGUCGACCAAGUACGGUGGCAGCACACGAGGCUCGAUCGCGAGCCCCGAUCGCCCGAAUUUCUUCGAAGCCGUGGGCACGGUGCGCAUGGAAGCCUUCGUGGACCCCAACGUACGGGACGGCGUCUUGUACGUCCCGGCACCUCCGCCACCCGCCAUCGGGGCAUCCAGACGGCCCCGACGCGGCAGCGGCCUCAGCCAGUCGACGGUCGACAAACGGCGAGCAGGCUACGUCUUUGACGAGGACGGAAUGGAUCCCUUCAAGGGCUUCUAA